CAUUGUUUGACUGACCAUUCAGUGUUUGAAAGCACACUCGCAACGUAAGAAGCAACUGAGUUCAGCAGAGAUUUUAUGUACAGCAAGAAUGGUGGAAUUCUGGGGCAUCUUCGUGGUAUUUUCUGCUUGCGCUGCAAUCCAGCUGACUGAGUCGCGAAUUCAGCACGCUUACCGUCCAACCAGUCUCAGCGACUCCGAUGAAUUAUCGGACAUAUCAAAUAGUAUAAGCGACUCGUCUAAAGAUGAUUCAAGCUCAUUUAUACAAGCACAUACGUAUGAGGACACUUCGGUUACUUCGACACGUGCAACGCAGAAGACGCAAGCGAAUACAGUACCUCACGUGGAACAUUCAACAGUAAACGAAUCAACCGAAUCAAAUGUAGAGAGCACAACCCCUAGCGCAACUACACGGAAGAUACGUUUGAGCUUAAUUGAAAGGCGUGAAGCAUUAACUGAACUCACCGGAAAUCUCAUAGCUCCAUAUCGGAAAAAUUACGUGGGUAAAACACGUGACAUCUUGAAGAAACUUAUCCUUGAACUCGAAGCGUCAAGUUCGAAGAGUGACGAUGUUAAAGAGCGACUAAUGGAAUUAAAAGGUACUCUAAAAGAACUGGAGGCUUUUGACAUAGAAUCCGAUAACUUAGAAGAAGCCUCCGAUAUUGUCUAUGAACUAAUUGACGAACUUGAUUAUCCUGAGGAUGAGCCGCCACAAGUGGUCGCCGCGCUCAGAAAAGUUGGUUGGUUGGAUAUGCGCUAUGAGUUGCACGAUGAAACACUUGCAAUUACCGAUAAAUUUGGCAAAGCAUUCAAUAAAUUUGUGGCUACGCUAUCGCCGUGGGAGCGACUGACGGAGGCCGGCUUAGUCGAUCUGAACAGACGUUUCAAUGAGGUCCCAACUGAUGACAAAUGGGAUUUGUUCACUGAGUUUUGGACAUAUGUAACAGAGAGCUAUAACUAACGUAAUCUCAACUUGUAUAAACAGAUCUCUCUUAUUUUAUAUAGAAUAGAAUUAUUUUAUUUUUAACACUGUAGAAAUAUAGAAAUUUUAUAAAUAAAAAACU